AAACUGAAUCGAAAGCCCCCUUAAUAUCCAAGAAUACUGAUGCCAACUGCUCUUUGUUAGCAUAUGCCAUUUGAAUUUCUGUUGAGAGCAACGCAAGGCAAUCGUUCGUCCCUUUGCCUUUGCGGAAGCCAAAUUGUGUAUCUGACAGUAAGCCAUUUGUUUCGACCCAAUUAUCGAGGCGAAACAAGAACUUUUUUUUUGAAUAACUUCCGGAUACAGGACAGCAUUGCAAUCGGACGAUACGCAUUGUGGUCGGAGGCUGGUUUUCCUGGUUUUUGGAUGGCGAUGACCCUUACCUGUCUCCAGUCAUGUGGGACAAUGUUACCCUCAAGAAACCUAUUAAAUAAAUUCAACAAGCGUCUUUUGGCAGAGUCUGGCAGAUUCUUCAACAAGUUGAAUUUGAUUCUAUCUGGCCCCGGGACUUUAUUGUUACAUGAUAAGAGAGCAAGUGAGAACUCCACCAUCGUAAACGGUGUUUCGUUCGCGGUAUUGUAAGGCGACGCGGCGCGGUAGAUUUUCUGUGCCGCGGCGGAAUCCGGACAAACCUUCUUGGCGAAAUCGAAUAUCCAACGGUUUCAAUAUUCCACGCUCUCGUUAGCACUGUUUCGAUUUCGCAUACGUCGGGCCUUGCCCCAAAGAGUGCUCAUCGAUGUUUCUCUUGUUAACCCGUCGACAAACUUGCGCCAGUAACUGCGUUUCUUAGCUUUCAUUAAAUUUUUCAUUCGCUUUUCUAAUAUCGCGUACACUCGAUAACUAGCAACUAACCCGUCGUUCGGGAAGGUUUUAUACGCGGCAGCUUUCUCCGCGUACACGUCUGAGCACUCUUUGUCCCACCACGGGUUGGGAGAACGUUUUUGGGUGUUCACGUCGGGUACUCGUUUCGUCUGAGUUUGAAUCGCGGUAUCGAGAAUCGAGUUGGACAAAAACUUAUAUUCUUCCUCCGGGGGAAGUACCUGUGUUGAAUCGAUAGUUUUGGAUAUCUCAGCAGCGUAGCUCUUCCAAUCAAUGUUUCGUGUGAGGUCAUAGGGAACAUUGAUUGGUGCCGAUGGUCUUGAACCAGUGGUGAUUGCAAUUACAAUUGGUAAGUGGUCACUACCGUGGAGAUCAGAUAUUACCUUCCACUUGCAAUCUAACCGUAGUGAUGUCGAGCAUAAAGCUAUGUCCAGUGCACUUGCUUGCGCAGGUGGUCUAGGAAUCCGUGUCAUUUCCCCUGUGUUCAGAAUUGUCAUAUUGAAGUUGUCACAAAGGUCUUGAAUUGUCGAAGAUCGAUUAUCGUCGUAUAGACAGCCCCACCCCGUACCGUGAGAGUUAAAGUCUCCAAGAAGCAGGCGGGGCGAGCGAAGGUGUCCAAUCACGUUGGAGAAUCUUCGAUAUCCCAUCAUGGCCCUAGGAGGAAUGUAAAUAGAAGCAAUGCAAAGAUCUUUGCCUUUGAUUGUUGUUUGACAAGCGACAACUUCAAUGCCUGGCGUCGAAGGGAGGUUGAUUCGAUUGAAGGAGUAGCACUUUUUGAUCCCUAAAAGUACCCCCCUCCCCCCAUAUGAGUCUUCUCGAUCCAAGCGGAUAAUGUUAAAAUCGUGUUUCACAUAGGGAAAAUGCAUCACAAUGAUUGUAAUUUAGCAAGUGUUUUAGUGAAUCAAUUUUGGGGAUAAUACUUCUGCAGUUCCACUGUAAAACAGUGAUCAGAUCCCUGAUUCCGUCUAAUAAGUUAGCCAUCGAAGGAUACGAUCGCUGUAAGGAGGGGCCAUUGUUCAGUCAACUGUUUUAAAAAUGUUCUUACUGUUGGUAGAAUAGUAACCAGCAAGCUUUUCAUAGGGUCGGUAAUGUUGAAAGCUGUGAAUAUCCAGUCCACAAUGUCAGAAAAUUUAAGGAAUCCCGUUUUUGAUUGAGUUUCUGACUGUAAAAUUGGAGCACUUGGGAUUUUUGGUGCCCCGGGGAGUGCUGGGAACUCCUGGUUGUAUCUCAAUUUCCCGAAACCAGGAGGUAUUAUCUUCGGAUUUGUACCAGCACUUCCAGUUGAUGAAUUAUUUUUAUUUUGUACCCUUGUUUGGGACAACCUAGGACCCUUACGAGGAAGUUCAGGUGAGUUUUGAUUAGGUCUUUUCCUAGAGUUUCCAAGCGGAGCCAAAGAAUGCCCCUUGCAAGCAGGCAUGGGAAAAAUCAUUUCACGAAACGAUCAAUUUGAAAUCAUCCAUCAACAUGCUCCUACUGUGAAAUGCAAUCUCGGCAACCCUUCUUGUGUAGAGUAACGCGUUCAUGCGAAAGCGAGAAACAAAACACAAAACGGAAAAAAGUGACAGCGCACGGCAAUGUUGGUGUUCACCAAAUGAUUAAUUCUCCAUCACAUAUAUAGUGUUGUGAAUGAAAGCAGAGAGGAUCGCAAAUGAAUGCAUUCUUUCAUUCACAAAGAUUCCUUUCAAAAUAUUCACCAAGUCGUUGUAAUAAAAAAUAAGCUUGUUGUUCUUGCUUAAAGAUCUGUGAAAUUUUCAUUUGGUUGGUGAUCUCUAAUUGUCAAGUAAGUAGUUUACAAUGUGCUUCGAUAUAACCGGUAAAAAAAAUAUUUUUUAGAAUGAAACGACGCUGUACUCAAAAAAAGAUGCUGUUGCAAGUGAUCCAGCAGGUGGACGGAAAAUUCCUCUGUAAAGCAGAUGAGAAGUGCGGGUAUAAGCAAGCACCGCUGAUACCCGGAAAUUUCAAAAGGCACAUUUUUAAAAUGCACCCUGCUGUCUACGCAGCAAUGAAUUUACCUGUACCGCCAAACGAGAAAACCGAACCAGCUAAGAAAAAAUCGAAAAAAAUGUGUGUGGACAUGAACGCAGAAACAGUGUUGCCUGGUAUCUUGCAGCUGGCCACGGUUGAUCGCCUGCCAUAUUCUUUUCCGGACAUGGUUGGAUUUAGAACAUUAUUGGAACCUAUCUGUAAAGCUGCCGGGAUCACCACCAAUCGUAAAAACAUAGCCAGCUUGGUCGAAAACUCGGCGUGUACAGCACGACAGCUAAUAUCGGCAGAGCUAAAGCAGCAACCGCUGAUAGCGAUAGAGGUAGACGGAGCAUCCAGAGGUAGCCGUCAUUUCAUUGGAAUUAAUGCGUGUAUCGUUUUGGAAGGAAAAGUCAUUGUUCGUAAUUUGGCGAUCAAAGAAACACUGGAAAGGCAAACGAAAGAGCACUUGAAAUCGCUUAUUGAAGAUGUUCUGAGCGAUUUUGGCGUUACUUUGAGUCAAGUGUACUCAGUUACGCACGAUAACGGUGCAAACAUGGUAGCCUCCGUCUCCGAAAUGAAAAAGUCACUAGAAAGCUCUAACAUCGAACUAAGCUCUCUUGUGGAUGGAUAUAUAGAGGGUGCCAACGACGAACGAAACGAUGUUGCAGAUAUCGAUGUUGAACAAACUGAUGAGCAAAUCGAGACUGGAGAUGUAGAGGAGACCGAAGAUGAAAACGACGACUUCAUUAAUGGCAAAGACGGAGGCAACGACACUGUGGAAGCUUCGCAGGUAGUAGAUCCGUUUGACGUUUCAAUGCAGCAAAUUCUCGACAGCGUGAGAUGUUCUGCACAUACCGCCCAAUUGGCAGUUUUGGAUGUGAUCAAGCCUUACGAAAAGCGCAUCGUAAAAAUUCAAAAACUCGUUAUAAAGUUGCGACAACGAGAAUAUUUGAAAUUUGUCAGGCAACAUGAUGCAAACCUACCUCCUAUCAGCAAUAAAAUCCGAUGGAACAGCACUUAUCUCAUGUUGAAAUGUUUGCAAAAGCAAAAAACAUUCUUUAAUAUACUCAGAAAGUCUUAUCCUGAAAUCGACUUCACAUCACAUUGGAAAUUUAUCGACAAGUUUUGCGAGGCAUUUGAAGCGCCAUUUAUUCUUACAAUGCAGCUCCAGAAGCGACAUGUUAUUUUGAGUAACUUCUACGCAUACUGGCUAGUAUGUCAGGCUAAACUAAUGCGAUGUGCAGACAAUUGUUUAGCAAAAAGGCUAUUGAAAGCAUUUCAACGACGUUUGCAGAAGCUCACUGAAUCUUUGCCUUUCAAGGCUUGUGUUUACCUGGAUCCUCGGUUCAAUUUUCUAGGAUCGAAAAGAAUUUCACCGAAAGAUAAAGAGCUGGCACAGGAAUUUCUUGUUAUGCUACAUAAUCGGGUAAGUGGAAAAAAAAUUGGAAACGAUGAAAAACCAGGUAGAAGCAUGGAGGAGGAAGAUGAGCUGGAGACUCUUUUGGCAGAAUUUUUCGACGAGGAUUCUGAAGGCAACACAUCGUUGGCGAGCCAGAGUAAUUCUUCUGUUGCGCAAAAACUUAAAGCACUCGAGAUUAGGGAGAAGGUACCGACAGUUGGAUACGCGCGCCCAGGCUCAUCAAACAGUCUUGACAAUCCGGAUAAUUUUGAUCUUCUAUCGUACUGGGAAGGUCAAAAAUAUACAAAUCCGGGCGUAUACAAAGUGGCAAUGAUUGCCUUUUCUGCAUCAGCUACGCAGGUUUCUGUCGAACGUAGUUUCAGUGCGCUGAAGCUGUUAUUGAAUGAUCAUAGAAUGAAUUUAACGGCUAGUGCAGUCGAAAACGCUCUGUUGCUUAAACUGAACUCUGACCUUCUUCCUCAGAUCGCAAAAAUGGCAUGUGAAGAAGAUCACUAAAAUUUGAUCUAACUUUGAAGAGAUAAUAAAUAUUUCAUAACGGAUUUUCUCGUCUAUCGUAUUUUCCUCAGCAUAUCACAUAUCUACAUACAAACGGACAUUAAGAGAAAAUUCACCAUCCCAUAAGAAAACUCGACUUAUCCUUCGGUGCAGUUUGUCAAGUUCGACAAAUAUGCUUGUGUGUGCAGUAGAGUUGCGAGAGCAUGUGUAGAUCUGAGAGCGUGUAUGUGUAAGUGAGUGGGUGUGCUUGCGAUGAUUAUUCAAGUUCUAUGGAGAUGAAAUACGGAAGACUCGGAAAUUUCGUAAGUGGCCAAAAUAUGUCUUUGACAACAUAUCACAUUUCUGUUGGAAAUAGAAGCCUUGAGCGAAAUAGCCAAACUGAAGGCAGUCAUUGAUAUUUUUUGUUUAUUACACAUGAUUUCAAUAUGUGAGCCAAGUGGUAGUUCAAAUAUGCGUACGGAUGUACGAUUUGCUUUAAUCAAUCCCCAGGAUUAUAUACAGUCGUGAUUCGCUGGUUGGACACUUUUCAACUGGACCGCUUUUUAUUUGGACCUCCGCUAGUUGGACCAUUGUCCAACUAAAAAGCAUCUGAACGUCAAAAUCUCGUGUCAAACUUACUUUGACAAUCAAUCUGACAAUAUUUAGAGAUAUGAAUAGAUGCAUUUACACUGCCAACAUCUUCUUUGGAUAGUUUUUGACAUUUGUCAGUCGGUCCAACUAGCAAAUCAAAUUCGUUAGUUGGACAAGGCUGUGGCCCAACCAGCGAAUCACGACUGUAUUGGAAAUUGCUUUUCGACGUAUCAAAUUUUUGAUAAAUAUGAUUGCGUAUGCAAUGAAUAAUCUCAAGAGCAGAUUUCUGAAUAUUUCUCUAGAUUAUUGAUUAUGUUGUAUCAAAUAUUGUGUAUGUUAUUCUAGUCUCUUAUCCCUCUUUUAUCCUUUAUUACCGCGGAGUCGUAACAUUGAUUGUUUGAAAAAUACGAAAUUUUUAAUUCAACACUUUUCAUGUAUGCCAUGUACAAACAUGCAAUUACCCAGAAAUAAUUUCAUAAAACGAUUCUGCGCAAAUUUCAAGUGUAUUCUAGUGUAAUAUACUUCCCAAUAUUGAUUAUAGUGUACAUUUGCAGUAUAAAGUUGACCUAACCCAACUGGAGAAUACAAUCUCACAUUCAUCUGUGAACUAAAAGUUGAUUCACUUGUGAAUGUUUACAGUACAAUCUUCCGAUUCAAUCAACACAAACAGAAUGACAAUCUUCUUCAUUCAUCAUAGUAUGUGUCAUUCUUUUACCUGUCUCACUUGUUAGGAAGUUCAUCUGUACCUACGCUCAGUUGCGUUCAUUUGGAGAGUUUCAGUCGGACCGUGAAUGAACGACUGGCUGCUGUCAAUGCAAUGAACAAAUUCGCCAAGAGUUAUGCGAAUGAAUGAUAAUUCCCAUCCCUGCUUGCAAGGGUCGUUAGAGGCGUUAUCGUCAAUUGGCAAGAGAGCGAAUGGGUUUUCGGAGAUAAGUGGAACAGCUCUUUUAAGCAUUUCUGCGUAAGAGCAUCUGGAGCGAUCUUUGGCGGAUCGCUUUAGUUUAUCCGCGCGAAGUUUGUACGUUGGGCAUGUCAAAAGUGCAUGCGGUUUCGCCCCACAGUAAACACACUUCUCAGCGGGCCUACUGCAAGUAUCAUCCGCAUGGCGUUCCCCACAUUUACCGCACCGUUGCUUGUUGCUACAGUAGGUGGCCGUGUGACCUAGCUGCUUGCAAUUGGAACAAUUCAUGACCCGCGGUACAAACAGGCGUACAGGUAGACGAGCUCCUCCCACUUCAACGUAGCUCGGAAGUGCAGAUCCGGCGAAGGUUACGCGAAACGAGUCUGCUGGAUAGUAAUUUCCAUCUUCGAUGGAUUUUGAGUGCAAUUGCUUGCACUCCAAAAUCUUAACUGAUUGAAGGUUAGGGUCCUUAAAGCGGCCAGCCCCAUCAUUCAUCAGAUCAUCGACAGUUAGACCCGCAUCACUUACCACACCGUCGAUCUCCACAUCACGAGAAGGGAUGUAGACGCGAUACUCCAGCGUAAAGAGGCUAUUGGCAACGAUAGCAUUGGCCUGUUUCAAGUCAGUAACGACUACGCGCAGUUUAUCUGACUGAACCUUUUUAAUCUCGGUUACGGCCGAGUAACGUUUUGUCAGCUCCCGUGCAACAGUUAUGCUGUUUAACGGUUUAUUUUUGGGCCGAAAGUAUACCACCCAAGGACCAGCGGAU